AAAGAGAUCCAAGAGUUAAAGCAGAACAUGAAGCACAAGAACAAAAACCUAUUAGAACAGGAGAUACUUCUAAUGGUGAAGGGUCUUCAAAUAUGAUAAGUAAAGUUGCUUUAAUGGAUCAGGAUAUUGGUUCAACGGAUGGUGAAACAUUGGAUAGAGAUACAUAUAAUUUUACAUUUCUUUCACAGCCUGAAAAUCUUCA